CCAGGUACACAGUAAAGCGUGGCUGCAGCUCCUCCCCCAGACCUGAAUGAGGACCAGCUAGGCAGUCCUCCCUCCGCUACUGCUAACUCAACUGCGGAACCACGGGAAGGAAACAGUCGUCUGCUCGCAUUUGUAGCUCGAAGUUGAGGUGCAGCAUUAAGACGGAGGCCUAUCCCAUCGAUAACCUGGAGCUCAUGGACUGCAGCUGAGACAACACACGAGAACAGACACAAGUUCCACGUUAGCUCAAGUUAAUGUUAGCUAGUUGCGUCGUUUGACAGCUAACGCUAACUAGCUAGUCUCAUUGGUAUUCGACGUCAGUUUCAAAACAAAGCCCGCAAAACCGAGAAGUUCAGACUCAGCUGUCACCUCCUGCAAGAUCACUUGGAGAGAUUAAAUCUUCUAACAUAUCCGAGAUACAUUCCGCCUUUAACACACUCAGUUAAUGGCUCUUUAACCCUGAUUUGCUGACGUUAAUGCUGAGUUAAAGAAGCCGCAGGUUUGGACUCAGAAGUUUGUAGCAAGCUAGCUUUAAUUUGCUUGUGCAGAUAGAAUUUGGAUCAAGAUUUUAUCUAAAGCUUGGAUUUAAAUGUCCGAAAAGAGUUCAUCGUCCGGCUCGGAUGAGGAUGUGGACCCUGAAUCCGGGCAGCCUGUGGAGCACGGAGGCGUUUUAAGCAAGUGGACAAAUUACAUCCACGGAUGGCAGGACAGAUGGGUCGUGCUGAAAAACAAUACCUUGAGCUACUACAAGUCGGAGGAUGAACGGGAGUACGGCUGCAGGGGGUCCCUGUGCCUCAGCAAGGCUAUCAUCACACCUCACGAGUUUGACGAGUGUCGUUUUGACAUCAGCGUUAACGACAGCGUUUGGUACCUGCGAGCUGAAGAUCCUGAGCACAGACUCCAGUGGAUUGAGUCGAUAGAACUGCACAAGGCCGAGUCUGGAUAUGGUUCAGAAACCAGUCUCAGGCGUCAUGGUUCCAUGCUGUCUCUCACCUCUGCAGCCAGUGCCUUGUCUGCUACAUCUACGUCCUCUUUCAAGAAGGGGCACAGGUUGCGUGAGAAACUAGCAGAGAUGGAAACCUUUCGGGACAUUCUGUGCAGACAAGUGGACACCCUGCAGAAAUACUUUGACUCCUGCUCUGAUGCUGUCUGUAAAGAUGAAUUUCAAAGAGACAGAGUGGUGGUAGAGGAUGAAGAUGACUUCCCACCCACUACAAGGACCUGAUGGUGAAUGUAUCACAACCACAACGGCAGCAAAGAGAAAUUGUUUCCCCCGACGAGUCCAAAAGGAAUGAACGGGAUAGACUUCAAGGGGGAGGCUAUCACCUUCAAGGCCACCACAGCAGGAAUCCUCUCUACCCUGUCUCACUGCAUCGAACUGAUGAUGAAAAGAGAGGACAGCUGGCAAAAGAGACUGGACAAGGAGCUAGAGAAGAGGAGGCGGGUAGAAGAUGCCUACAAGUCUGCAAUGAAUGAACUGAAGAAAAAGUCACACUAUGGAGGCCCUGACUACGAGGAGGGACCCAACAGCCUGAUCAACGAGGAUGAGUUCUUUGAUGCUGUGGAAGCUGCUCUGGACAGACAAGACAAGAUAGAAGAGCAGUGCCAGUCGGAGAAAGUGAGGAUACCUCGACUGACUCCGGUGCCUCCUGGGGACGCCUACUCGACGAUCGGUACACACCGAUAUGCCGCCAAGGUGGAGGAGAUGGUGCAGAAUCAUAUGACUUACUCUCUUCAGGAUAUGGGUGGAGAUGCCAACUGGCAGCUAGUAAUAGAAGAAGGAGAGAUGAAGGUGUACAGGAGAGAAGUCGAGGAGAACGGUAUCGUCUUGGAUCCUCUUAAAGCUACACAUGCGGUAAAGGGGGUGACAGGACACGAGGUCUGCCACUACUUCUGGGACACAGCUGUCCGAUUGGACUGGGAGACCACCAUUGAAAAUUUCAACGUUGUGGAAACACUCUCAGAUAACGCGGUCAUUGUUUAUCAGACACACAAGAGAGUGUGGCCGGCAUCGCAGAGAGACGUCCUCUACCUGUCUGCCAUCAGGAAGAUCCUGGCAACGAAUGAAAAUGAUCCUGACACAUGGCUGGUCUGCAACUUUUCUGUGGACCAUGAAAAUGCUGCACCUACAAACCGAUGUGUUCGUGCCAAAAUCAAUGUCGCCAUGAUCUGCCAAACUCUGGUCAGUCCACCAGAGGGCGACAAAGAAAUCAGCAGAGACAACAUACUCUGUAAGAUCACCUACGUUGCCAAUGUAAACCCAGGAGGUUGGGCUCCAGCCUCAGUCCUCAGAGCCGUGGCCAAGAGAGAGUAUCCCAAGUUCCUUAAACGCUUCACUUCCUACGUCCAGGAGAAAACUGCUGGGAAGCCCAUCCUCUUCUGAGCACAAAUUGGCUCUGGGAGGCCAAGGUUGCCUUUUGGUGGACUGCAUUGUUCAUGGCUCUCAAUGACCACAUGAUCCAUUCACCAGUCGAAAAGAAUGUGCUUUCAAUCUUCCUACAUGCUGGACACCAUAUCAUUCAGGAUGUCCCACUGGACACCUGUUUGUAGGACAGACUGGUUUUGUGGCUUUAAUCCAUCAGUAGUUGUCAUCCAGCCUCAUUGUAAUGGCCUAACACCAUCAGUUGGUCAUGAGUACAUCUGUAUGUAAAUUCAAGAGUUUCCUAAAGUGGUUUUGAAUUGUUGUUUACCAAUUAUUUGCUUUUUGUAAAUUGUUUUGUACAUUUCUUAUGAUUAUAUAUUUCUUGACUUUAUUGGGUUUGCUUUUAAUCACUAGUAUUACAGCUACUUGUGUUGCUGCUGCUAAAGUAAAGUACUACCACGAGAGAGGAAAGCAGGUCAUGAGUGGAAAUGCAUUAAUGAAGUGUGGUACAGUGUCUCCUCUUGCUUGCCUUCUCCUGUCCCUCUAGUGAUGACUUGCUCUGCAGUUUGAUGGAGGGUCAGAGCCCAAAGCUUAGAAAUCUUUAUAUUUCUAGAUUGUUCUAAAGUAGCUUACGGAGAGCACCAUGGACACAAUGUAUUGACAGAGAAAACAAACAGUUUUCAGUUAGUUUACCAAUAUGAGAAAUGUGAAUUGACUGUUAAAUUUGAUAAGCUUGAAUUUGAUGACAG